GGAAGAAAAGAGAAACCCAAUUAGGGCUUUUAGAUGGCUGACGAAGCUCCCGUGGCCAAGCGAUGGCUGCCGCUCGAGGCCAAUCCCGACAUCAUGAAUCAGUUUUGCCACAGCCUUGGAUUGAGCGAAGCUGCUGCUUUCUACGAUGUCUAUGGCUUUGAUGACGAUCUGCUGGCUAUGGUUCCGGCGCCUGUGCUCGCCGUGCUCUUUCUUUACCCGAUCAAUGCCGAGUCGGAAGCUGCGAGUAAAUCCCAGGAAGAAAAACUUCGUCGAGAGGGACAGAAGGUGAGCGAGAGCGUUUAUUUCAUGAAACAGACAGUCGGGAAUGCUUGUGGCACCAUCGGUCUGCUACAUGCGAUUGGAAACAACACUUCUCAAAUUCAGCACGAGGGGUCGUACUUCAAACGUUUUUUUGAGUCGACCAGCAAGUUAUCUCCUUCUGAAAGAGCGAGCUAUCUCGAAAACGAUAGGGAACUCGAGGGUGCUCACUGCGUCGCAGCAGCUGCCGGAGACACUGCGCCUCCAGCGAUUGACACUCCAGUGAACCUGCAUUUCAUUUGCUUUGUCUGCGUGGAUGGUGGUCUCUACGAGCUAGAUGGCCGUAAAGAACAACCAGUCUACCAUGGCCCUUCCUCUCCAUCAUCAGUGCUCAAGGAUUCCGUGAAAGUCAUCCAAAACUUCAUCUCCAUGAACCCCGGAUCGCUAGACUUCAACGUCAUUUCUCUCUCCAAGACCGAGAAUCCGGAAACUUAGCACCAGCGUAAGCAAAGUGCUUAGUUUUACAGUCUUCAGGGAAAAGAGAACAAGAUCUUUCAAUGCAAAGGAAAGUUUUGUC